AUGUAUGAGUUGUUUAACGGCCACCAAGGCCGGUUUGAAGAUGCUGUCAGUAUGUCCAAACCAGUGUUCUUGAUGUUAUGCGACACUCUUCAUAGUUUUGGAUUGACACUGCCACAGCGGGAGCAUGGCGUUCCGCUAGAAGAGAAGGUAGCCAUUUUCAUUUGUGCAUUGGAGGGAAUCAAGAUGAAAGAUUUGCAAGAACGGUUCCAACACUCGAAGGAGACAUUGUCACGGCAUUUCCAUGAGGUUUUGAAAGUUAUGAUACCAUUCACAGUGGUUCAUAGUAGGAGUCUUACGCCUGAGCAAGUGCAACAGGGGAGCCACUCACAUUUACAAUCGCAACGGCGAUACCGGCCAUUCAAGGACUGCAUCAGUGCACUAGACGGCACGCACGUGAUGGCUCGUGUCUCACAAGAGUACGCCACUUCGUAUUACGGCCGGAAAGGCGUCCCAACACAGAACAUACUGGCCGUAUGUGACUUCGAUUUGUGCUUCACAUUCAUGAGAGUUAUAGCAUUUCUAGUUCUUGUGAUUCUCACCAUAGCAACCAUUAAUCGUAGCUCUUGCAAUGGUGAUGUGGUUUGCAUUAAUGGUGAGAAACAAGCUCUUCAAAGCUUCAAGCAAGAGCUCAAAGACCCUUCAAACAGGCUCUCCUCUUGGGAUGUUGAAGAUGAUUGUUGCAAAUGGGCAGGGGUGGUUUGUGACAAGUUAAAUGGCCAUGUAAUUGAGCUCCACCUUCAAAAUCCCAACUCUACAACUCCGGUGGUUGGCAAAGUUCAUCAGAGCUCGGCCUUGGGUGGCAAAAUAGAUCCUUCUUUGAUCAAUUUGACGCGCCUGAAUUACCUCGAUUUAAGUCAAAAUGAUUUUGGAGGAAUUCAUAUCCCACGGUUCAUCGGAAGCUUGGCAAACCUACACUAUCUUUCUUUAUCCGGGGCAGGAUUUGGAGGAACGAUCCCCCACCAGCUCGGAAACCUGUCAAGUUUACGCUUUCUAAGUCUAAGUGGUGGUGGUUCAUACCCUGGUGUCAAAUUAAGUGUUGUUAACCUUCAAUGGCUUUCUGGUCUUUCCCGUUUGGAGCGCCUCGACUUCAGUCAAGUGAACCUCAAGAAAGCAUCCCAUGAUUGGCUACAGGUGAUUAACAUGCUUCCUUCCUUGGUAGAGUUAAAUAUGUCAUCUUGUGAACUUCAUCGCGUUCCUCCUCAACUUCGUCAUGUGAAUUUCUCAUCACUUACUCUGCUAGAUCUUUCUAAGAAUGACUUCAACUCCUUAAUACCUGGGUGGAUAUCGAGUCUUAGUAGUCUCGUUUCGCUUCAUCUUAGUUCUUGUGGUUUUGGAGGUCUUUUUCCUGAUGGUUUUUGCAACUUGACCUCUCUCGAAGUCCUCGAUUUGUUUCAAAAUGACCUUAAUUCUUCACUACCCAGUUGGUUAUUUAGUUUGAAUGGUUUAGUUUCUCUCAACUUAAACUCCAAUCGCUUCCAAGGUCCAAUUCCACAUGGCCCUUGGAACUCGACCUCUUUGAGAUUCUUUGAUGUCUCUCAAAAUGAACUUAAUUCCUCACUACCCAAUGCAUUAUUCAGCUUAAAUGACCUACUUUCUCUCAACCUACAUCAAAAUGGAUUUGAAGGUCCACUUCCUGGUUCCCUCUGGAACAUGACCAGUCUUCGAGAUCUUGAUUUGUCCGAGAAUAAUUUCAAUUCCACCAUACCAGUCAGUCUGUACAGUUGCAGCCAUUUAGAAUCACUCAACCUUGGCCACAACCAAUUCCAGGGUGCAAUCUCAAGCAACGUUGGAAACCUGACCUCUGUCACCAUCCUCGAUCUCUCAUACAAUAAACUUGAAGGCAGAAUACCCGUGUUGAUGGGAAAUCUUUGUAACUUGAGGGUUAUCAAUCUCUCAAGUAACAAACUCACAGUACAAGUGUCAGACGUGUUGAACAGCUUGUCCGGAUGCAUUUUAGAAUCUCUAGAAUCAUUAGGACUAUGGGAAAACAAACUUUUCGGUCAUUUCACUGAGCGACUUGGACGAUUUAAAAAUCUACGUGAACUUUAUUUUCAAAACAAUUUAAUUUCGGGUCCGAUUCCAAUGAGUGUAGGAAGACUGUCAUCCUUGGUAGCGUUAGAUUUAAGCUACAAUAAGUUGAAUGGAACUCUUCCAAAAAGUCUUGGACACCUUUCAAAGUUGGGAAUACUUUAUAUCUCUUAUAAUAUGUUGGAAGGGGUUGUGUCUGAAGACCACUUUGCCAAUCUGACAUCUCUGGUGGAAUUAUCAGCAUCCGGAAACCAAUUGAGUUUCAAUGCGAGUCCAAACUGGAUUCCCCCUUUCCAACUCGAAUUGGUAUAUUUGCGAUCUUGGCAGUUGGGACCGCAGUUUCCCAUUUGGCUGCAGUCACAGAAGCGUAUUUCGAAAUUGGACCUGUCCUGCACUGGCAUAUCUGUUGCCGUUCCUACUUGGUUUUGGAAUGUGUCUUCCUCCACUACUUAUGUAAACCUCUCUCACAACCAAAUCCAUGGUGAGGUUCUAAAAAUCCCACACGUUCAUUUCGCGGAUGAUUUUUACGUUACAUCAUUGUUUUACUUGGGUUCCAACAACUUUAGUGGUCCAUUGCCCCGUCUCUCACAAGAUGUGACCGAGUUAGACCUUUCCAACAAUGCAUUUUCGGGAGGUUUGUCCGAUUUCCUAUGUGAUUCAGAGGAUGGACCAUACCAAUUGCAACUUCUUCAUCUCGGAGGAAAUCUUUUGUCGGGACAAAUUCCUGAUUGUUGGACGAACUGGCCUUUAUUGUUCGCCUUGAAUCUGGAAAAGAAUUAUCUGAGUGGGAAGAUUCCGAGCUCCAUGGGGCUUAUACCAUACUUGCAUUCAUUGCACUUGCGCAACAAUAGUCUCUCUGGUUCGUUGCCUUCGUCUAUGCAAAAUUGGAUCGCCUUAUUGGCACUUGACCUCGCUGAGAAUGAGUUUGUUGGAAACAUACCGACAUGGAUUGGAAAAGGCAUUCCAAAUUUGCAGAUUCUUAGCCUUCGGUCGAAUAAUUUUCAUGGAAAAGUUUCUCCUGAAUUGUGUCGCCUUGCCUCUCUUCAAAUCCUAGACCUCGCAGACAACAAUUUAUCUGGAAGCAUACCGAGUUGUAUCAACAAUUUCACAGGCAUGCUCUUUGAAAAAACUUCAGCUGAAAGGAAUUCCUAUUCUUUUCACUUUGGGGCAUUCUUAGAGAAUGCAUAUGUGGUGACAAAAGGCAGCGAGUUUGAUUAUGAUACCAUUGUUAAACUGGUCACUAGCAUGGACCUUUCGAGUAACAAUUUUUCAGGAGAGAUUCCAAAAGAACUAACAAGUUUGUUGGGGUUGCGAUCAUUAAAUUUGUCGAACAAUCAUUUGAGUGGAAUGAUCCCACCAAAGAUUGGAGAAAUGGGAUUGUUGGAGUCGUUGGAUUUCUCCAGAAAUCAACUUUCAGGAGAAAUCCCUCUGAGCAUGUCAGAUUUGACGUUUUUGAGUUACUUGAAUUUGUCUUACAAUAACUUGUCAGGGAGGAUUCCAUCAAGCACGCAGCUCCAGAGCUUUGAUGCUUCUAGCUAUAUCGGCAACAAACUUUGUGGACCUCCGCUCACAAAGAAUUGCAGUGUCGAUGGUGUAGCACCUAACCCCGGAAACAAUGGUGAUGAUGGAGGAGCUAAAUCUGAAGUGUAUUUGUUUUAUUUGUGCGUGGCUUGCGGAUUUGCCAUGGGUUUUUGGGUUGUCAUUGGUCCUUUGUUGUUCAGAAGAUCAUGGAGAAUUGCCUAUUUUCGAUUUCUAGAUGACAUGUGGGACAGGUUUUAUGUUUUGUUACGAGUCAAUUUUAAUAAAUUUCGAAAGUAA